CGUUUGGUCAGGAGUUCGAUUCUCUUCGGGGAGGUCAUGCUGGCAUUGAGGCCUCCUUAAUCAGUGCCCGACUAGGACAUAAAGUUGCUUUAAUUACCCUAGCAAAAAACCAAAUUGGAGCCAUGCCUUGUAACCCUUCGGUAGGGGGAGUAGCGAAGGGAAUAGUAGUGCGGGAAAUUGAUGCUUUGGGAGGUAAAAUGGGCCAAGCGGCGGACGCGACGGCUCUCCAAUUUAAAUUACUAAACACUUCUAAUGGUCCAGCAGUUCAGGCCCUUCGAGUGCAAUCGGACAAAAUUGCUUAUGGUCGUUAUAUGCAAGCCACG